AUGUACCAAGACAUCGAACACCAUGUUCGCUCCUGUCAUGAAUGCCAAAUACGGAGUGUCAAGAAAGUACAUCUCCCUGUCACUAUAUCUCAGCCAGCGACAAUCUUCACAAAGGUAUACCUGGAUGUCAUGUAUAUGCCGGUAGCCAAGGGGUUUCGUUACAUUGUGGCAGCUAGAGAUGACCUUACACUAGCAGCUGAAGGGCGAGCACUGAAGCAUGCUACAGCCGAAGCUAUAGCAAGGUUUUUCUGGGAGGACAUCCUCUGUCGGUAUGGCUCUCGAGGUCACUUCAUUCUCAGAGAAGCACUAGUAAAGGCAUGCAAGCAGAGAAUUAACAAGUGGCCUGACCUCGUCCCUCAUGCCUUCUUCGCAGACAAGGUCAUGACUAGGAAGGCAACUGGAUUCUCCCCAUUCUACCUAUUACAUGGAGUAGAUCCGGUUCUACCAUUCGACCUAACAGAGGCGACUUACCUUGUGGAUGGUUUCAAAUCAGGAAUGAACACAAGUGAUCUCCUUGCACUGCGCAUUAGGCAGUUGGAGAAACGACCGGAAGACAUUGAAGAGGCGUCUCGACGAUUGGCAGCUACUAGAUGGAAGUCAAAGUUGCAGUUUGAAAGAUGGUUCAGAUCAGGGUUGAACCGAAAGGAAUACAACCCGGGUGACUUAGUUCUAAUUAGGAACACUCGAAUCGAAAAGGAACUGAAUCGCAAGUCCAAGCCGCGGUACCUUGGCCCUAUGGAAGUGGUUUGGCGUACCAGGAUGGGUUCCUAUGCACUCAAAGAGCUUGACGGGACACCAUCAUUGAGAGGAGUUGCUGGGUUCCGCCUAAUCCCCUACUAUAGUCGCAAUGGCAGGUCUGUUGGUGCAGGGCAAUUGCCCAGAAAGGACGAAUCUAUGGAUGAAGAUGACCCAAUAGGAGUCGAUGAGGACAGCGAGAUAGGGAACACAAGCUGUGUUGAAGAGCGAGAUGGAAGUCAUAGCUAA